AUGCACUUCCCAAGAAGGACGCUCUGCCCCCUGCGCCAAUUCAUCACCACCAGCACCAACGCCGCCCGACGUCCUCACACCAGCGGUAAUCUUGUCUCUAGCUACGCUCCCCGGCUCAUCACCCGCUCCACACAGCAGCGCACCAUGUCGUCGGCCGUCGCCAAGCGCCUCUCGGGCAAGACGAUCCUGAUCACGGGCGCCAGCUCGGGCAUCGGGCGGUCCACGGCCCUCGAGUUCGCGCGGACGUCGCCGCAGGACCUGCGCCUGAUCGUGACGGCGCGGCGGCUGGACUCGCUCCAGGAGCUCGCGGCCGAGAUCGCCAAGGAGGUCGGCGACGGCGUCAAGGUCCUGCCCGUGCAGCUCGACGUCAGCAACGCCGACGAGAUCCGCGGCUUCGUCGGCAAGCUGCCGGCCGAGUGGAAGGACAUCGACGUCCUCGUCAACAAUGCCGGCAUGGUCAAGGGCGUCGCCAAGGCACCCGAGAUCAACGAGGCGGACAUCAAUGAGAUGUUUGCGACGAAUGUGACGGGGCUGAUCAACAUGACGCAGGCAAUAUUGCCCAUCUUCCUCGCAAAGCCCGAUGGAGGCAAGGGCGACAUCAUCAUGAUUGGUAGCGUAGCUGGCCGUGAGGCGUAUAUCGGUGGUAGUAUCUAUUGCGCCACGAAAUCCGCAGUUCGCGCCUUCACCGAGAGUCUGAGGAAGGAGACCGUUGCAUCAAACGUCAGGGUUAUUGAGAUCGAUCCCGGUCAAGUUGAGACGAAUUUCUCCGUCGUCCGCUUCGGUGGUGAUAAGUCGAAAGCAGAUGCCGUUUAUGCCGGCGUUGAGCCAUUGACACCUGAGGAUAUUGCCGAGGUCGUGGUUUUCACAGCUGGGAGGAGGGAGAACGUUGUCAUUGCCGACACAUUGAUUUAUCACAAGAACCAAGCAGGGGCCACUACGGUGCACAGGAAGUCAUAG